CGAAUAUUAUUUUCGUAUUAUGGAUAUAUAUAGAUUCGUUUUUAUUAGCAGCCUCGCCACGCAUGUAUAGGUACCUAGUAGUAGUAUACAUCGCAUGAUAACAUACUCAGAGAACUCUUCCAGGAUCAAAAUGGCGGACGGCACACCAGAGAACAGAGACGCGAAGACGGCCACACUCACUGGCUCGGAGACGCUGACAGCUCAAAACAGAUCUGCGAAUUCUCAGACAACAUCUGGUAAUCUGGUACGAGAUAUGUGCUGCCCGUGCCUCCUUUGGGGUUCGACUCGUGCGGGAUUGUCGGUUACCGCAACAAUCUUUGCCAUGAUCGACACUAUUGCUGCGGCUUACACAGGCCUGAGCUUUGCUGCAGCGUGUGCGAACCGUAAAGAUCUUUUUCUUGGAGAAGUAGAGCAUGCUUUCGCGCUGAUGCUUAUGGCAUUUGCCUACUGCUGCUGCACCUUCUUGCAGCUUUAUGUCGCGGUUUGUUGUUGCGCUUGCUUGGGAUAUUUUCACCGAAGCCCUUUGCCGAGCAUGCGACGAAGUUGAAAUGGUGCCCCUGGGUCUUGUUUAUUCUAACAAUCAUGGCAGGCCUCCAGGCUUUCAAUCGCCUCGGGAAUGAUGUGAGGUUGUUGCGCGACGAGAACCGAAAACGAAUGCUACCACCUUCUCGGGGACACUACCACUUCGUAGCAAUCGACAUAAUAGUGGCGCUCGUGGUAUGGCUGGGUCGAAUCCCAAGCAUUGCCUACCUCGAUCGUGCGUUUAACGAAAUAGAGUCCGGGGAGCCAAUAUCCACUGAGAGCGGGCCGAUCGCCGCAAGCGCCAGAACUCCUACACGCACGGAGGUAGAAAUUUCAGAAAAAGAUGUGAACGCGGAUGAGGAGGAAGGUGAAGACAACCAUAUUAAUACGGAGAAUGUUGAGCAGGAUCAUGAUACUCAGACUCACUAUGGAGCAACGACCACGACUUCUUCUGUCUAG